AUGGCGGGUCCUAACAUGGAAGUAUUCCGAUUCGGUUUCUACCUCUUCUUCCCUAUUUUCGCCAUGUACAAAUUCGGAGAUCCAGUCUGGUUCGAGACCUAUGUGCAGCCCUACAAAGACUACCUACUCCCCUCGUACGAAGACUCCCUCAAACCCCCCAAGACAGCCGCGGGGCUGCACGAAGAACUAGCCCGUCUCAAGGCCGCCCGGAAAGCCAAAUACACUUCAACUUCAGCCGACGCUUCAGAUCUGUCAGUGUCAGCCUCUUCUCAGCCGCCUGCGCCAUCACGGACGCUAGAGGCGCUGGCGACGGAUCAGGCGAUGAAGCGGGAUCAGGGCGUUUCAGGGGAUCUGGGGAGUGGACCGGGGGCUGUUGGGGAGCAGCAACAGCCGUCGCAGGGGAGGAGAUGGGGGUGGGGAUCGGGUGGGGGGUCUUCGUCUGAACGAUUGGUGUAG